AUGUGGUGGUUCGGUAAUAAUCCGACCCCAUCAGAUUAUCCGAAUGCCGAAAUACCCAAUUUUAAUAUGCACACAUUUGUAGUGAGUUUUUUUGGGGAGCAGAAGGUUGAAGGGUGAAAAUUUUGAUAAAAUCAAAUCUUGCAAUGAGAAAUCCUAAUUUUAGUGAAAUUUAGAAGAUCAAACGUAUCUAGGGUGAAAAUAUUUACGCUGAGUCAUAUUUUUGAACUUUACAGUAUGUAGCUUCUCAAGGAGCUGAACUUAGAAAAUCUCAUUUUCUAGGAUUCACUCCUAUAGAAGCACUAUGACUAGGAGCCGUGCCUUGAGAUCUUUAUAUCAAGUAGCCAAGCCUAGAAAGUUCACUUAUCAAGGAUCUGAGCCUAGAGAACAUUUCUAUCGUAAAAUUCACAUUCUAUAAACUUUUUUUCCUCUGACAUUUUUUCUCUUACUGUAGAUCUUUCUUUUUAUUUUUGGAAAAUCAUAGAUACAGUAAUUUUCGAUAAAAUUGUCGGAACAAUUAUCUUUUUCACUUUCUGAUUCUGAUAGUUCAAAUCACAAAAUCAAUAAUAAAUAUUGAUAUUUUCUAUCGUCUUUUCAGUUUUCUAGAGAGACAACAAAAAACAGUUUUUGUUGCAAACUUUUCUAUUUAUCAAACUUCUUAUUUGAUGUUUUUUUUUCAAAUUCUGCCAAUUUUUCGAAGAUCAAAUGUUCAGGCUAACUAAAGUCCAUUUUACAUAACAGAACAUGAGUUAAUAUUUACAUAAUCUUUGACAAGGAAUAUAGAAAAAAAAGAACUAGAAAAUUGGAGGGGAAAAAGAAGAAGAUAUUUACAACGGUAUGAGGUUUUUUAUGGAAAAAAAAUACAAGAAAGACCUUGAACGAAUUUUUAGUCGGAAGUUGAUUUUUUAGUGCACUUUAUGAUGUAAAAUAUAUAAGUAGAUAUUUAAAAAAUGACAAAAUCCAACCUAAUCCAAUUUUUCUUUCAGGUCUUCUCAAUAUUUUUCAUACCAUUUCUUGCAUAUCUGUUAAUAUUGCCUGGUGUUCGGAAAAAGCGUGUAGUGACAACAAUUGUCUACAUUCUCAUGUUAUUUGUUGGCGCAUCAAUAAUUGCCUCAAUAUAUUUUCCGUGUUGGGCGGGCGGAUCUCAAAAAAUCUAUACACAAUUUCGAGCGCAUUCAAAUGAACGAAUAUUGGCGAAUAUUGGAGUCGAUAUUGGUUUGCAGAAAGUGAAUGUGACGUUGAGAUGUGAGUUUUUUUUGUUGUUGCUGAAAAACUUAUUCUAACUUGUCAUAUUUUAGUCGAACGCCUAUUAUCAUCAAAUGAUUUAUUACCCGAAGUUGAUAUGACAAAGUUGUAUUAUAACGAAGGAUUUGAUAUUUCUGGAGGUUUGUUGUUUUUUUUUCUAUCAAAUAUUUGCGCGAGAAAAAUAUUUAUUUGUAAUAUAGAAAUUUUUUCAAAGCGAUACCAGUUUUUAAUUGAAAGUUGGAGGGCUCUAUUUUGUGAUUUGAAAAAAAAUUGAAAAAAAAUUUCAAAGUGAAGACAGAAAACCUAAAACACACAAACUUAACACACGUGGUUUCAAACUAUUUUUUUUGAGUGGGCAUUUGGGAAACCGUAUUUUUUUGGAAUAGAAAAUUCGUUCCAAAACCUUGAAAAUUUCUGAGAACCUGUAAAUUUUGCUGGCAAUUCUUGACCACGUCAAAAUUUAAAAUAAAAAAUCGUAGCUUGACCAUAGUUUUUAAUAAGCGAAUUCCUAAGUUUUUACUGGAUUGAAGUUCAAUUUUCCAACAAAUCUUGGAAGAAAUCUGCUAUAUCUUUGGAAUUCUGAAGAAAAAUCCAAUUUUCACCUGCUCCCAAAACAACAUUUUCUCAUUUUUCAGUCUCUUCAAUGUCAGAAGCUCUGAAUCAUGCACUAACUCAAGGAUUACCCUAUCCAAUGUUGAGUGUUCUCGAAUAUUUUUCACUAAAUCAAGACGCUUUUGAUUGGGGAAGACAUUAUCGAGUUGCUGGACAUUAUACAAAUGCUGUAAUGUGGUUUGGAUUUGCGUGUUGGCUUUUAUCUGUAAUUUUGAUUUUGCUACUGCCACAUGAUGCAUAUAAGGUUGGUUUUUAUUUUUUUUUUAAAGAAAAAUUUAGAAAAAAAAUGUGUUCAGAGUAUCGUGGCAACUGGAUGUUCUUUACUUGUUGCUUGCCUUUUGUAUCUAUUGAUGUCUCCAUGUGAAUUGCGAAUCGUAUUUACUGGUGAAAAUCUUGAACGUGUUGAUUUGACUGCCACAUUUUCAUUCUGUUUUUAUUUGAUCUUUGCAAACGGUAAGUACAUUUUUGUGUAGUUUUAUUUAUCGUAAGAGCAAAUUUUGACCGUUUUUGAAAUUGAUGUCGCGAAACUCGUGGGAAGACGAGACGAGACGACGCACAAAAAUGUUUGUUAAAAGUAAACAGAAUCAAACCGUUUUACAGGUAUACUGUGUAUAAUCUGUGGACUCGGAUUAGGUUUGUGCCAGCAUUGGCGUGUUUACGUGUUGUGUACAUUUUUCGAAGCGGAACUUGAUGAUCAUGUUGGACCGAAAUAUCGAAAAUUGGAUAAACCGAUUCCAAAUCUGGUUGGUGUUACAACAUCGCCACGUGGUUAUAUUGAGGUAUUUCAUUUUUUCAAAGAGUUUGAUAUAAAUAUAAUUUUGAAGGAUAUAACAAUAAAUACGAUGGCAAAAGGAUGUCAUAAAGGUGAAUUGAGUAUCGAUAAUAAAACACAAUCAAGUGGAUUUCAAUCACAAUGUCAUUCGAGUGCAUCAUCUGCAUCUUUGAAGUAGGUUUUGGAAUCAAGGUUGGGCGGAAAACUAUAAAAUGUUUUUUAAUGAAUAUCAGUAUUGAACUUUGGGUAUUCCAAUUUUUAGAAUUACUUCUGAAUCCAUUGGUUUCCCAGACUCCCCUGUUCUCUCUUCCACCAACAAAAAUCUUUUCAAAUCUCGAUUUUUCUAGAAGUCAAACAUCGUUUGAAACUGUGCACGAUGAAAAUGAGCUCGAAGAAUCGCAUCGAGUACGAUUUUCGGAAGAUCAACCGUGUUGUUCAACAUCACGAUAA